AGCAUACAUCAAAUCGUGACUCCAGGUUUUUAAUGCAUUUUCUGAAAUUUUUUUCAGGAAAAAAAAUAUAUUUGUAAGACACUUCAACACUAAUUUCAAGAAAAAUGUUAGGGAAUUAACCGAUGAUCAAUAGACGGCAAUAAAAUAAAUGUACACAUGCAUCUAUAUAUAAAUCUACAAUUAAAAAAAAUAUCAAACGUGACUUCAUCUGUAUUUUUAUUGCUAAUCUGUCUCCAGUGAACAAAGGUUUGUGGCACAAAUUAAAGAUAGAUGUGAUUCGUGUCGGAAAAUACUGAAAAAGUCCAUUUUAUCUUGAAACCACUAAAUUCAAAAUGUAUUAAAAUGUAAAGUUUUUUACGGAAAGGUCAAAGUUUUAUGUGUUAAUGAAAAGCAUGUGUACAAGGAUCGGUAUAGGUUUCCUAGAUUGACUAGCAUACAAUACCUCUAUUAAAUUCUAAGUUAAAAAAAGAAAAAGUAAAACCGUCACAGUGAACCGUCACAGACAUAUUUAAUGUCGAGUCUGCUGCAGCAUAUCCAAAGAAUUUAGAAAACUGAAGCCUUACCGAACCCUCUACUUCCAUAUAAUGAUCAAUAUAUUUUACACAUGUCAUUCAUAGUGAAAGUAAAUUAACCUGGGGCAAAAAUUACCUUUUCUACUUGAUAUAUAUGACGUAAAAAUGAUGUUUUUGUGCAAUGAUUGAAAGUUAUCUUAUAGGUUAUAACACGGAAACCGUACAUAAAUAAAUAAUCUGCGAGAUACACAAACUGGGCUUUACAUUCCUGGGACCGACGGCAACAUUACAUCACAAUGCUGAAUUUAGUUUGUACCAUCCUUUUGAUAGUACCACAAAUACUGAAAGGUCAACAAAACAUCAAAGAUGGAAAGAUAACCGGUUCAUCACAGAUAACAUGCCCAGAAAUAUCUUGCGAACUUCAUCACUUUCCACAAGAACACUGCAAAGUCCAGACAUUCAUUAUGUACCAUGGUGUUAAGUGCCAGAGUUGUGUAGAGGAUAUUUGUCAUGGAUCACAAGUGGUGGCUGAUUCACUGAUUGGAGAUGUUACUCAAGUGCAAAACCUCAACACAGUAGACAACACAAAUGCCGUUACAGGAAACCUUAAAAAGAAAUGGAAUAAAGUCAGUUAUAUCAAUAGAUUAGGUUCUAUAUUUGGAAACAAUCCUAAUGUUGGAAAUCUGAGAAAUCCUUUGGAGCCAGAGAAUGGAAGGACAGGAAAUAACCAACAAAUGCAAGAGCAUGGCUUGGUGACUGUUAAUUCAAAAGGUAUGGACAGGUUACAACCAAAGUCACAAAUUAAAUGUCCGGAAAUAGAAUGUCAUCAUCACCACCAGCCAAAAGCUCACUGCAUGGUUGAUUCGUACUUUAUAUACCAUGGUGAAAAGUGUAAGGGAUGUAUCGAGGAUAUAUGCCUCGGUUCACAUAUUGUGGAUGAGAUCUUGAUAGGUAAAAAUAAAAGUCAAGAUUCAUCAAACCCCGAAACACUUUCUCUUAAAAAUCAAGGAGUUGGAGAGAGAAUGACAUCUGGAGAUUGGAGAUCAGGAAAUGCUCAGCCUCCAUUGAUAGAGAGACGCAGCCAUGACAGUAAUGGACAAAUAAAUCAAGAACCACUUCAUCCUAACCAUCACCAAGAACCUACUGAGAGAUUACUGUCUGGUAAUUGGAGAUCAAGACACUCUCAGCCUCCAUUGUCUGAGAGACACAUUCAGUUUCGAAAUGGACAAAUAAAUCACGAACACACUCUUCCCAACCAACAUCAGGGAGCUGGAGACAGAAUAUUGUCCGGUCAUUGGAGAUCAAGAAACCCUCAGCCUCUAUCGACAGAGAUAGGUCUUCAAAACAGUAAUGGGCAAUUAAAUUUGUCUAGAAAUCCAUUUUUCAGCAGAGGAGAACAUAACUUUAGAAAUAAACUCCUUGGUGUACAAACAAAUAAACAUAUCAAUUCAAAACAUGACUCAGGCAGAAAUUCGAAUCCUAACUCAUCUACAAAUAUUUCAGCAAGUUUACCAAACGGACAAAAUACAAAAAAUAAUGAAGAAAGCAUAGUUGUUGUAGACCAAAAACAAUCGUCUUUUACCAGAAAAGAUCGGGGGAUAGGGAGAUUCAGAGGCAAGGGAAGAUCAUAUCUACAAAGCUUGUUUCACCCGGCAUUCACUGGUUAAUAUUUAUAAUGCUCAUUAUGUAGUUCCAUUUCUACUUUAAGUAGAAGUGUAACUAUUAUAUUUAGAUCGCUGAAAAUCCAACUCAUAGUCAUGUAUUUCGCAGAUUUAAUAAUUAUGAUGUAUAUGUAAACAUUUAUUAAUCAACUACUUAAAAAAGUAUUUAAAAAAAGCAAAUUUUGUAAAUUGAAAUGAAUCAUACUAUUUAUAUCAUAGUGUAGAUGUUUCCAAAAUGAGGUUAAGACCUUUUUUGACAAUUAAACAAAAAUUAUAUGUUAAGCACUUGAACAAAUUAAACGAGCACGUGAAUUUUGGAAAAGACUGAAUUAGGAGGACAGAAUCUAAAAAGGACAACUACGACGAAUGAAGGCAUGCAACGCAUGCAAUACAUCCGUUUCAUAAAAUUUUAAUAUCCAAUUAGAUAAAAAUAGAAUUAACAUUUUUAUUUAAAGUUUGUUGGGGAGUUGAAUGUUAUCC